UGGAGCAGCCAGAUCUGUUUCCGCUGCGGAGCUAAUCCCGACCGAGCGGCCGGGCGUUUGCCGAGGGAAAACAAACAAACAACCAAACAAAGGCAGCGAGGAGGAGAGAAAGCCGAGCGGCGAGGCCGGGGCUGGCCGGGCGCUCCCCGCGCCGCCCGGGCGCUCCCGGUGCCGGAAGCGCGGCGGCCCCGGGCCCGCCCGGCGGGGCGGCGGCUGCCGGGCCGGGAAGGGGCGGAGGGCCCGGCGGGGCGGCGGCAGGUGCCGCGGGAGGGAGGAUGGCGGCCGGAGACCCGGAGCAGGCGCGGUACUGCGGGCGGCUCUCGUACCUGUGCCUCAAGCUCACCCUCAUCACGUACUCCACCACGUUCUGGGUGAUCGGAGCCCUCGUCCUUGCCGUUGGGAUUUAUGCAGAAAUUGAAAGACAGAAGUACAAAACUUUAGAAAGUGCCUUUCUAGCCCCAGCAAUUAUUUUGAUACUUUUGGGCAUUGUAAUGUUCCUGGUAUCCUUUGUGGGUGUACUGGCUUCUCUAAGAGACAAUUUAUGCCUUCUGCAAGCAUUCAUGUACAUCCUUGGUAUCUGCUUGCUGAUUGAGCUGACAGGUGGAGUGGUGGCCCUGAUCUUCAGGAACCAGACAAUCAAAUUUUUGAACGACAAUAUUAGAAGAGGAAUUGAGAAUUACUAUGAUGAUUUAGACUUCAAGAACAUCAUGGAUUCUGUUCAAAAGCAGUUUAAGUGCUGUGGUGGGGAAGAUUACAGAGAUUGGUCCCAAAAUGUGUACCACAGCUGUGCAGCUCCAGGACCACUGGCUUGUGGAGUGCCCUACACGUGCUGCAUCAGAAAUAAGACAGACAUUAUCAACACCAUGUGUGGAUACAAAACCAUUGACCAAGAGCGCUUGAGCGUUCAGCACAUUAUCUACGUCCGAGGGUGCACAAAUGCUGUGCUCAUUUGGUUUUUGGACAACUACAGCAUCAUGGCUGGCGUGCUGCUCGGCAUUCUGCUGCCCCAGUUCCUGGGGGUGCUGCUGUCCCUGCUGUACAUCACCCGUGUGGAGGACAUCAUCACGGAGCACAAGCUGAGCGAGAGCCUCUUCGGAGAUGCCCGGCACAGAGCCGCCCCCGAGCUGGCUGCAGCCGGCUGCUGCAUGUGCUACCCGGGCUGAGCUGCAGAGCCCGGGACGCAGCGAGGCCAGGCAAAGCAGCAGCUCUGGUCCCUGCUGGCUGCUCCACACUGCGGGUGGAGAAGCAGCCGGCGGUGGGUGCGAGCCAGGGCGCACCGGAGCGGCCCCGGCGGGACCGCGGCGCUGCCGCAGGGUGGGGUCUGUGGAUCAUUAAAUCUCCUUCUGAGUGAUUGCUGAGUGAUAGCCCGGCCACAAAACACGGGAGAAGAUUUGAACGUCGAUCCCUAGGAAGCGUCUUUGCGUCCCGGGAGGUCGUCUUUCAGUGUUUGUCCUUUCCCGGCUUUAUUUUCUUACUCCUUCCAGAGAGAUUUCUUACUGAUCCCCGUGGUGAACAUUAAACGUGUGUUUAAUACUGGGGUUUUAUGCUAAUCGUGGUGAGUUUACUGACAAUAAUGGAUGUGAUGCUGAUCGCUUUCAUUGCUCAGUCUUCUGUGCCUUUUAAUAAUGGGGCAAAUGCCAAUGUCAAAUCAGUCAGGUAAUGCUUGAUCUAUUUUUUAAUGCAGUUUGUUACUGUCUGGCUUUUGUAUAAACUUACAGGAUGUUUGAGUCUUGGAUGUACUGUAUUUUUUCCCCUUUAGUAAAUUAACUAGGUGAUUUAUGACUUCAUAUUUUUUUGGAGUUCUGUAUGUCAACAUGUUUCUAAAAUUUACUGUUGAAAUAAAAACAAUGAGUCGUUUUUCUUUAAAAAAAAAAAGCACACGGGUUUUGUUUAAAAUUAUUUUAUUUUCUUAUGUAAGUUAAGCCUGUCUCUCAAAUGCUGAAUCAAAAGGCAGAAGUAGCAGGAGCUGUGAUUCUGGCUUGGGUGCUGCCUGCCUGGGGUUUUGGAGAGUCACUGAACAUCUGUGCCUCCUCUGCUUCUCCACCAAGAGCUCCGGGGUUUUUGUUGGUGUUCCUUUGUCCUGAGCAUUUCUCUGCAGUCUCUCCAGCCCCAGCCAGGCCUGCAGGCAAAAUGCAAAACCUAAUUAUCAUAAUAUUUCAAUUAAAUCAAAGUCAGGAUGAGAAUGAGGCAGGUUUAUAUCCUGAAUGUAAGCCUCUGCUUUUCCGAACACUCCACUAAGAAAAACAAGGCAACGUCUGAUAUUAUUCUCUCCUUGCUGCUUUUUGUAGUUGUGUUUUAAAAACAAAUUCUUGUCCUGGACACCUUUUUUCUGCUUUCUUCAAAACUCAGCGUUUGCUGCUUAACUCUCUGCCUUCACCAAGAAUUUCUGAGCAAACUUCAUGCGUUUCCAGGAGCCAGAAAAGGACUCAUCCAGUUCUUGGAAGUUCCUGAUGGUUUCUAGGGAGAGAGAUCCGAGAUCCCAGUCCUGCACGGGCAGGGCGAGGUCCUUCCCUACACAGCACGCUCUAGCGUUGGGCCUGCACAUGGCUGCUGCUUAUUUAAUUGCUCCUUGUCACCCCAGUUUUCCUGGUCUCUGUCUUGAAUAAUGUGUUCUGGCUAGUUCAGAAGCAAGGUGUGUUUUCAGGGUGGAUUUGUGUACAAAGAGAGGAAGGAGGAGCACUUUGGGAGGACUGAGCUGACUUCUAGGGAAGGAUGGGAAAAUUGAGGCUGAAGUUGGUUUGUGGCAGAGACCGGGCUGGGAAGGUGGGAAUGACAAAGAUAGUUUUCUCCUUUGAUGACAAAAGUAAUUUUUUUUUUUUUUUCUAAUUGUGUUUUGCAAUGUGGGGUGGUGUGAAAUACGAGAUAGCCCAGAAACCAGGAGGUGGCAGAAGUGUGGUUUAGGUGGUUUAAAUAAAAUGGGGAGAGCAUUUUGGGGUACAAGAGAGCAAUUAUCCCUUAAGAAGAAAAUCUGUGGGCUUUACUGAAUCUUCAGCCAUCCCUGGUGUCAUUCACAGUGUUUGGGUGGGAGUGAUAUCAACCUGACAAUCACAAAGUAAACCCUGUGUGGUUUUGUUUAAUAAAUGAUUGAUUCAAAAA